CUGGUUUACUGUGUUUUCAUGCCGAAGUUUCAGUUCACAGCUGCUUGGAAAACAACGACACUUUGGCUAUAUAUAUAUGCGUUUUGAGUGGUCCAAUAUGAUUAUUUCAACUUGCAAAUCUUGUUGGCAUUAAUUCAUAAUCGUGUACAUGUUCUAAAAUAGUUUAAGGUUAAAUGCUGCAGAUUUUUUGAACUAGCAUAAAAUGGAUAUGUAUACCACAGAAAUAACAUCUUUGAUUGAAGAGAGUUAUGGUAAUGUUGAUCAGUUAAUGAGUAACUGCCUUCCUAGUUAUGAAUUAAACAGAGAAUACAAUGGAACCAAUGGCGAUAGAGAUUCAGAAGGCACUCCAGAUAAUGACAUGAGUCAUUUAGAGGAAAGCACACAACAAGGGACAGAAGCACAAAGAAAUUCUGGUUUGGAGCACGGCAGUCAAGAAGAAUGUAUAACGAAUAGUAUUUCUUCUAUUGAUUUUGGUACUAUACAAGUAAAAUCUGAAAUCGUUUAUGAUGAUUCAGAUAGCAGUGAUUUUGAAAUCGAAAACAGCAUUGAAGAUGAGUCGCUGUCUGACAACACUGUGGUGCCAUCUAUGCCAUUUUCUGACAACCAAAAUGAGAAAAGCAUGUUCAUGUACAGUAUGAGUAGAGAUGAUAAAACUGACAAUAUGUUGACUAAAAAUGACAAAUCUACGCUGAAAAUGAAAUUCCACAUCUGUAAAGAAUGUGGUAAAGUUUGUAGAUCGCCAUGGAAACUAAUGACUCAUGUAAAAUCACAUAAUUAUAGAAACCAAUAUGAAUGUCCCGAAUGUGGAGUCUGUAAUAGUAGCAAGAAAGAAAUGAAAAAACAUUUCCGUCGCCAUGCCAACUUAAUACCUCAGAGUCAGACAGAAAAAUCACACAAAUGUCAUAUGUGUGAUGCUUCAUUUCAAUCACCUUCAAAAUUAAAAAUACACAUGUGCAUGCACGGUGGGAUAAGACCUUACACGUGUGGCCUGUGUAAUAAGAGUUUUACAUGGAGUGGAGGUCUCAGGGACCAUCUCAAGAUACACACCGGAGAGAGACCUCAUACAUGUAAAUUCUGUUCGAAAACAUUCCCCGACACAUCGAAAUUAAAAAAUCAUCAAAGAAUACACACGGGUGAAAAGCCACAUGUGUGUAAAACGUGUGGGAAAGGUUUCAUCGAAAGUGGGAAAUUGAAACGACACAUGAGAACACAUACAGGCGAACAACCGUAUAAGUGUGAUCUAUGUGAUAAAAGAUUUAAUGUAAUUAGUAACUUAAACAAACACAUGACAAUCCAUAGUGGAGAGAAACCUUAUGUUUGUAAUAUAUGUGGAAGGGGAUUUUCUCAAAAUACAAAUCUUAAAAGUCAUUCUAGAAUACACACUGGGGAAAAAGAUCCGUACAAGUGUGAGGUUUGUGAUGUAAGAUUUGAAAGAAUCAUAGAAGCUAAAGUGCAUGCUUGUUCAGGGCCAAGAAAGGACAAUGUAAAAGCUAAAUUUAUUGCUCCCAAGAAGGGAGACAAUUUAGAGAUAAUUUCAAAGGGAGAUAACUCUGAUACAGAUGUGACUGAAAAUGGAGGUAUUUCUGAAUUGAAGAAAAUCAGUAAGGGAGACAACUGUAGGAAUGAGAUUGAAGAAAAGACAGUUUCAUUAGGUAAAAGACGUGUAACUAGGGGAGGUAAACCAAGAAACUUGUCAGAGCAAAGGUCAAAUGACAGCAUGACCAUUGACACAAUUAAAAGUAACAAGAUGGUACAUGUAGAUGUGAGGGAAAUAAAAAUUGAAAAGAAUCAUGGUGAAGAAAUUUUGGAUGAUAUUAAUUUAAGGAUUAAGGUUGAAACUCUAUGGGAAAAAAAUGUAGAAAUAAAUGAAAAAAAAUUGAACAGUGAUGGUAAAAUAUUUGAUGGUCAAAAUGAUUUGACCAAGUCAGAAGUUUACAAGCCGAUUUUAGUCUUUCAAGAAUACCCCUGUCAACACUGUGGAAAGGUUUUCCAUGCUCUACGGAAAUUGAAAAUGCAUGAGAAAAUACAUUCUAAGCACCGUCCUUUUGUUUGCAACUACUGCGGGAAAACUUUUAUAGAAAAAAAAAAUUUAUCAAUACAUUUGAGAAUACAUACUAACUACAGACCAUUUCCUUGUACUAUGUGUGAUAAAAAAUUUACCGUUAAAAGCACUUUAGAAAAGCAUAUUAUAGUCUGUAGUGGCCAGAAACCAUAUGAAUGCACAGUAUGUGGACAGGGCUUUGCUCAAACUUCAAAUCUUAAAGGUCACAUGAGAGUCCAUACUGGUGAAUUAGACCCGAAAAAAUGUGGCGUUUGCAAACAAAGAUUUAAAAGUGUAAAAGAUGCAAAAAAUCACCCUUGUCCUGGGCCUCCUGAGGUUAAGGAACUGGCAUCUAAGAAAAGACGAAACGACAAGAGAAAGAAUUUGAGAAAUAAAAAAGUAAAAACAAAAUCUGCUACUGCAAAAUAUUCAUCUAAUAUGAAAAAAUCGAAAAGAAAACCAAAGUCAACUUCGGAUGAAAUUCAAGAUCUAGGCAAUAACACUACUGACAAAAAAGAUGAUGAAGUUCAAGAUUUUCCAAAUUUUCUUAAUGAAGUUCAAGAUUGUUAAAAAAAUGCAUUUAAAUAUAAUGAAGUUCAGGAUUAUGAUAUCAUAGAACAUGUACAUGAGGCAAAGUUUGGUUUUGAUUCCACUGAGGAAACAAACACUUCUGACAACUUUGAUAUAAUUAUAAAAACUGAAAUAUUGGAUACAAAUUAUGAGUAAUCAUUAAAAGUUUAUUAUGUUUUAAGGUAGUACCCAACACUUUCACUAAAAUAAAUUUGGCUCGUUUAAUUUUCAUAAAAUUUUGACAAAGUAUUUACUUUGCCCCUUUAACAAAAAUAUAAAAAUUUCAAAAAUUUUGAACCAACUGUUUUGUCAGAAAAAAUACACUGGUUAUAUAGUAGUUUGACAAACACCCAUUUUGAUCAUUGAGAAGCUUAUUAUUCCCUUUACAACACAACGUAAUUAAAACGUUAUGCUGAUUUUACAGUUAUCUCCCUGUAGUGUUAGGUACCACCUUAAUAGAAGAAUUCUUAUAUUUUGAAAUUAUUAAUUGACCAGUCAUAUUUGUGAGUUUAAAAAAAUAAAUGUGGUACAUUAAUUAUAAACGAUAACCUUUUACUAUUACUGUUUUUGUAAAAAUUUCUCACAUGAUGAAAUUAUAUUCUUUGGGUUUAUAUAGGACAUUGUAAAGUCCAGUUGUGGGGUUAAGGCUUCAAUUAUGUUUAAUAACAUAAGGUCCAGCUGUGGGGUUAAGGCUUCAAUUAUGUUUAAUAACAUAAGACAGUACUAAUUUCCUGCACUGGAAGUUCGCAUUUAGACCAGUUUUUUUCUUCAGUAAAACAGAAGUGGUGAAAAAUUCUUCAUUCAUUGAUCUGAGUGCUUUUCCA